AUGCAUCAAGUUGACUGGAAUGAUUCGACCCCUGAGCGCCGGCUCGCGAUUACGGACCUCGUCAAUAAAUUUCCCCAUACGCCCCGCCCCGCCCGUGAUGCUAGUUCUGAGACACCCUCGUCCUCGGUGCCUCUGAGUCAGCGACCUGACAUCCCAGACAUGUCAUCCGAUGGGUUUACACCACCAGUUUGGAAUCCUGCCAGCAAGCAACGCAACCCGUGGAGAGAGGGGUGUCCACCCAAUCGUCUGCCGACGUGCAGUUCACCAGAUGUCCAUGAAACGCAACAAAUACCUACUUUGAGCUUAUCAGUCCCCCAGAUGGCGACACCCACUACUUCUUCUCACGUCUACCCAGUACCAUCACUUCCUCCAAUGACCUCAAAUCAAGCCACAGCCGAGCUCAACAAGCUUCUCUCUGAACUGGAGGAAGCACGCAACCGCUACAAUCGAUUACUCCCUCAAACCGUGGACGCUCAAGUGGACAUGGAGCGAUGUGAAGCUAAGGUCAAAGAAUUCUACGUGGCUCAUGGCCUGAUGUUAUGA